AUGGUACUGAAUCCACAAAAGACCAAUAAGCGCAAGGAAAUUGGUCAUUAUCGAGGAUUUAAAGGAGUCAGUAAUCGAGAUGAUAGGUAUACCAAAGACCGUAUUAUGAAAUACGUACACUACUCGGUACAAGCUCAAACAGUUGAUCUUCAAGGAUGUUUUAUUUUAUUUGCCUCAAUUGUUUAUUUUUCAGAUCUUAUCUGGUUUCCAAAGUAUACAGAAUUUUCAUACAUGUAUAAAAGCAAGGCAUAUUUACAUCAAAAAUUCUCUUGCAAUGGGUUAAAAAAGUCUAAGGUUCUGUGCACACUUGAAUUCAACGCGAUGCAAUGCAAUGCAAUGCAAUAUUGUUUCCCGCGAAAUCCCGAAGAAAACAUUAAGUUCAAGGCAAUCAAAGCACCUUCUGUGCUAAUUGAUGCUUAA